AUGGUGCAGCUGGCGACAUUCCAUCUGCCCAAAUGGCUCGGGGACAACGCGGCGCACGCGACACACGUCCUCGGGGGGAGUGCCGCGCCAGGCUUAUCACUCGACGAUCUCAUUGCCUUGUCCAGCGACCCGGCGACCACCGAACAAGCGCUGCAGUGGCGAAACUUGAAGCUGGCGAAUUAUAGCGCGCAAGGUUCAGAGGCGGUCCGCCGCAAUAUCGCGGAUCUGUACAGCGAGGAUGUCUUGCCGGAGCAUGUCGUGACUACGACGGGGACAACGGGCGCCAAUAUGACUGUCCUUCUCAGUCUGGUCCAACCGGGCGAUCAUGUCAUCUGUGUAUAUCCGGUAUAUCCUCAACUGCUGGGUCUGCCGAAGCGGUUGGGCUGCGAAGUGUCGCUCUGGAAGCUCGAUCCUGCCAACGGGUGGCGCGCCGAUGCGGGGGAGCUGCGCAAGUUGAUCAGGCCGUCGACCAGGCUGAUUGUUCUGAAUAAUCCUAACAACCCGACUGGUAGUCACCUUGAUCUAGCGACUCAGCAGAAGAUCAUCAAACUCGCCCAGGAGCACGAUAUCACAGUGUUGGCGGAUGAGAUAUUCCGGCCCCUCUUCCAUGACGGUCCAGCUCCACCUUCGUUGGUGGAACAUGAAUACCCCAAGGUGGUGGUGACAAGCUCGAUGAGCAAAGUCUGGGGCAUGUCGGCUGUGCGGAUCGGCUGGAUCGUCUCACGGGAUCGGAGCAUCCUAGACAUGAUCCUGAAUGCUCGCGAGUACACGCUGCAGAGUACCAGUGUGCUCGACGAGAUCGUGGCCACCGAGGCGCUGAGCACGCGCUGUCGUAACGGGAUUCUCGACAUACACAUGCGACACGCACGGCAAGGGCUCCGACUACUGGACGCAUUCGUGGAACGCAACCAGGCAGUCUGCUCUUGGACACGCCCAACGGCGGGCUCCACGGCGUUUAUAAGAUUUGCCGACGCGAAUGGAGAUGCGGUUGACGAUGUUGAGUUUUGUCGUGGGCUGCUCAGUGAGCAGGGUCUGCUCAUCUCACCUGGCAGUCUUGCUUUUGGUGACGAUGGGUCACAGAAUGAUUUUCGAGGGUAUGUUCGGAUUCAACUCACGCUUGAUCCAGGGUACUUGGCUCGGGGCUUGGAAUUGAUUAAUGCCUGUCUUGAAACGAGGCGCAGGACUGCGGGCUGA